AUGGCGGGGGCAAAGGGGGGCCGAUCUCUGGAGGAAACGCCGACUUGGGCAGUAGCACUUGUGUGUUUUGUGUUGGUUGUCGUUUCUAUCAUCAUUGAACAUAUUAUUCACUUAAUUGCUCAGUGGUUAACAAAGAGACGUAAAACAGCUCUUUAUGAAGCGCUUGAAAAGAUUAAAUCAGAGCUAAUGCUAUUGGGGUUCAUAUCCUUGCUCCUAGCAGCCGGACAAGGACCCAUUUCAAACAUAUGUAUAUCAAAGGCGCUCGGGGCAACAUGGCAUCCAUGUACCAAAAAGCAUGACACCAAAUUGAACAAAAACGAAGAGAACACUACUACUUCCUGCGACAACGGCCACCGAAGGCUUCUAACAAUCUCGGAUUUAGGCGGCGGCGGCGGCGGUAUUAGUCGACGUGUUUUAGCCGGUGCCGGAUACUACGACAAAUGUGCGGACAAGGAAAAAGUUGCGUUGGUUUCAGCCGAUGGCAUCAACCGACUCCAUAUCUUCAUCUUCGUGCUUGCAGUCGUCCACGUGCUUUAUUGUAUAACAACUCUGGCUUUCUGCAGAGCAAAGAUGAGAAAGUGGAAGACGUGGGAGAGGGAAACCAGGACAUCUGACUACCAGUUCUCACAUGACCCAGAGAGAUUUAGAUUUGCCAGGGAGACAUCGUUUGGACGAAGGCACUUGAGCUUUUGGAGUCGCUCAUCUGUUCUCCUAUGGAUUGUUUGUUUCUUCAGACAGUUUGUUAGGUCGGUCCCGAAGGUCGAUUACUUGACCCUGCGCCAUGGAUUCAUUAUUGCACAUCUGGCACCUCAGAGUCAAACAAUGUUUAACUUCCAGCAGUACAUCAAGAGGUCUCUUGAAGAGGAUUUUAAAGUUGUUGUUGGGAUCAGCCCAACGAUCUGGUUUUUGGCCGUAUUGUUUCUACUCUCUAAUACUCAUGGGUUGUAUUCCUAUCUAUGGCUGCCCUUCAUCCCACUGAUUAUAAUCUUAUUGGUGGGGACAAAGCUACAGGUCAUUAUAACUAAGAUGGGCCUUAGGUUUCAAGAGAGAGGCGAGGUGGUCAAAGGAACCCCGCUGGUCCAGCCCAGAGAUGACCUUUUCUGGUUCAAUCGCCCUCACCUCCUUCUUUAUCUUAUUCAUUUUGUUCUCUUUCAGAAUGCCUUUCAGCUGGCCUUCUAUGCGUGGACUUGGUAUGAAUUUGGCUUAAAGUCUUGCUUCCAUGAGAAGUUGGAAGAUGUAAUCAUCAGAAUAUCCAUGGGGGUCCUCAUACAGUUUUUAUGCAGCUAUGUCACUCUUCCUUUAUAUGCCUUGGUAACCCAGAUGGGUUCUACCAUGAAGCCCACAAUCUUCAACGAGAGGGUGGUAAAUGCAAUACGAAAAUGGCACCAAACAGCAAAGAAGCACAUAAAACAGAGCCGGCAAUCGGCAAGUACGCCGGGCACUCCGCUGCAUUCGGCGUCUCCUGUCUAUCUCCUGCGCCACUACAAAGGUGAUCUUGACAGCUUUCCUACGUCGCCGAGGAUGUCCGGUUUGAACAUUGAAGAUUGCGAGAUGGGUCGUUCUCAUUCUCCCUCUCGGCGCCAUGAUCAUGGAAAGCAGGGACAAGAAGAGAGGGAUGCUCAUGAGUUACGCCCCACACGUGCUCGGGAAAUUGACAUUCACUCAACAGAUUUCUCAUUCGAGAAAAGAUGGAUAAACUGA